AUGCAAAGGAAAAUCCGGCCAGUAGCGCCGCCUGCCAAACCACUUACGCCCAAGAAAGCCCGGAAAGAAAAGUCAAUUCGCUUCCAGGAGGAAACAAAUCAGCGGCAUCCGAACGCCACAUCGAUCCUAAACAGACCCCGGCCGUUGGGUGACAAGAAACGCAAUGUCCCUGUACUUGUCAAUGCACGUGGACUUCCGUUCCUGCGCUAUAAAAAGCCGCAGCCGAGAAACGUUAGCAGCGUCAUACGAACAAAACUUGGGCGUCGUUGGAACUGGAUCGAACGUCGAGACCGGCUGAAAAUAGAACUUCUUUUCGCUAAGGACGAAGAGGAAUGGGAUCGCGUCACCGAAACUAAGGAACCAUCCACUUGGUCUGAGCAUCCCGCAAAUGCCAUUGUCGAUGUUAAUGCGAAAAUCGCACACUUCGACAUGCAUUCCAAAGAGCUUGCAGAUAAUAUGUGGAAGAUCGUUCUAGCUGAAAGGGCUUUGGCGGAAGAGGAAGCUAACCAAAAGCAGCCAAAGCAAUGA